AUGACGUUUAUCAGAUGUUUUCAUCACGUGCGGUGUAUAGAUACCCAUUCCUGUUGAUCUCAGAUUCUUCUUCCCCUAUUGUGGAAAGGUUUGAUAUCAAUGAACCAUAGCAUCAACUUUAUAGAAGCAAGUCAGUGUUGGCAUUGGUUACCAUGACAAAUGGCGUCCUUAUCGUGUAAUUGAUUUUCUUCUUGUCAUUUCGAACGAAAACGAUGGGAUUGUUCGAUAAAUUAGCCACAUGGCUUGGCAUAAAGAAGAAGGAAGCAAGUGUACUGUGUGUUGGCUUAGAUAACAGUGGCAAGACAACGAUAAUCAAUCAUUUGAAGCCAGACAAAGCGCAAACAACAGAUAUUGUUCCCACCAUCGGAUUUAGUGUGGAAAAGUUUGCAAGUCAAAGCUUGUCCUUUACGGUCUUUGAUAUGUCUGGGCAGGGAAAAUAUAGAAAUUUAUGGGAGCAUUAUUACAGGGAUGCCCAGGCUGUAAUAUUUGUCAUUGAUAGCAGUGACAAAUUGAGAGUUGUUGUUUCAAAAGAGGAAUUGGAUCUACUACUUAAACAUCCAGAUAUAUCUUCAAGACGUGUGCCAAUUCUUUUCUUUGCAAACAAAAUGGACAUGAGAGACUCAUUAUCAUCUGUUAAGGUCAGUAAUGUUAUGAAGCUCGAUGAGAUUAAAGAUAAACCAUGGCACAUAUGUGCAAGUAAUGCUCUGACUGGUGAAGGAUUAAAUGAGGGAGUCGAAUGGUUGACAGAUCAAUUGAAGCAAUGAUGAGUCUAUCCAGAAUUUGAAUUACUGUAGAAAUAUAUUUGAUGGGAAAUUGUGGACUAUCAAUCCAUUUGUUGCAAACUGCAGUCAGUCAUCGUUUUCAUAUGUUCAUGUGGGAAAAUCGUGAUUGGACAGAAUUAAUUUAUUAGCAUUGAAAAUGAUAAGGCAACGUUACAAAUGAAUGCGUUAAGUAGAAUACUGACAUAUGUUAGUAUGCUUGAGGGUAUUAGACUACUAGUACUUGAAUUAUAAAAUGUACAAAAUUUUAUCAAAAUUUCAAUAAAGUUAUAAUAGUGCUUA